GAUUCCCACUCAGGGUUGCCCAAAGGCUCAGUAAGGGAGCGCAGCUCGGGGUCUGACUGGACACAGAUCAGUGGCCGCCUUUGUCUCUGUGUCCUAGCUCCCCAUCUGUGACCGGGGAUCCCCCCCCCGCCCGGAGCUGGGAAAAGGACCCUGCGUGGGAGGCUCCCAUACCACGGGGUCGGGCGCGCACACACGGUCGCGAGGGAAGAGACGCCGCCCUGGUCGGUGCGGUCCCCGGGGCCGCCGCAGAAGCAGCCCUGGGCUGAACGCGAGCGGCGGGUGCGGCGGGACGCCCGGGCCCCGCCUGAUCCGGGCUCGGCGGCGGGGCGGGGCGGAGCGAGCGCGGCGCCAAGGUCUUUGACGUGGAGACUUCUGCGCAACACGCUGCUCUGACCCUCCCCAUCCUUCCGCUGUCCCUGCUGCGGGCAGGGCUGUCUGUCUGAGAUGGCGGGCCUGCUGCCUCGCUCUGCGGACCUAACCCGCUUCUGCCAGAAACUCAACCGGGUGAAAACUCUGGAGGAUGACAUGAUGGAGACGACCUUCAACAGAUGCCUCUCCACCAUUGACCUGACGCUGCUGGGCAUAGGGGGCAUGCUUGGCUCUGGCCUGUAUGUCCUCACGGGCACAGUAGCCAAGGAGAUCUCUGGCCCUGCUGUCAUCGUCUCUUUCAUCAUAGCUGGCUUUGCCUCUCUGCUGGCUGCUCUCUGUUAUGCCGAGUUCGGUGCCCGGGUGCCUAAGACAGGCUCCGCGUACAUGUUCACCUACGUCUCCAUGGGUGAGAUCUGGGCCUUCCUGAUUGGCUGGAAUGUGCUCCUGGAAUAUAUGAUCGGGGGCACUGCAGUGGCAAGGGCAUGGAGUGGCUACCUGGAUUCCAUAUUUAGUCAUAAAAUAAAAAAUUUCACCGAGACCCACAUUGGUACAUGGCAGGUGCCGUUCCUGGCACAUUACCCAGAUUUCCUGGCAGCAGGCAUCCUGCUGAUAGCCACAGCGUUCAUCUCCUUUGGGGCCAAAGUGUCCUCCUGGCUUAACCAUGUGUUCUCUGCCAUCAGCUUGGGUGUGAUCCUCUUCAUCCUCGUUAUGGGAUUCAUUCUCGCAGAGCCCAAGAACUGGAGUGCCCAGGAAGGCGGCUUUGCUCCGUAUGGACUGUCGGGCAUCAUGGCAGGCACGGCCACCUGCUUCUAUGCCUUUGUAGGCUUUGAUGUCAUAGCAGCCUCCAGUGAAGAAACCAGAAACCCUCAGAAGGCUGUUCCCAGAGCAAUAGCCAUCUCCUUGGGCCUGGCCACGGGGGCCUAUAUACUGGUGUCCGUGGUGCUGACACUAAUGGUGCCCUGGCACACUCUGGAUCCUGACGCUGCCCUGGCAGAUGCAUUUUACAGAAGGGGUUACUCAUGGGCAGGGUUUAUAGUAGCUGCUGGUUCCAUUUGUGCGAUGAACACGGUUCUGCUGAGCAACCUCUUCUCCCUCCCCAGAAUUGUUUACGCCAUGGCGGAAGAUGGGCUGUUUUUCCAGGUAUUCUCCAGAGUGCACCCCCGCACACAGGUGCCCGUGAUCGGGAUUGUGAUGUUUGGGGUGCUCAUGGCUCUGAUGGCCCUCAUCUUUGACCUGGAGGCCCUGGUGCAGUUCCUGUCCAUUGGCACUCUGCUGGCUUACACCUUCGUGGCAGCCAGCAUUGUUGUGCUGCGCUUUCAGCAGGAGAAGUCGGCAGCUCCCCCUCAGCCUGCCAGGAGCCAGCCCAGUCCUGGGCCCAAUGAAGGGGCUGGCCCCAGCGAGCUAAAGGAAUAUGAAUCCUUUUCGGACAAACUGCAGCUGGUGGGCACAGACAAAGCCAAAGUGCACCGGGAGCCAGGGAAGCUGAAGGCAGCUUUUGAGCCCUACCUGGAGUUCCUCAGCGACUUCCACCCUGGGGAGGUGGUCACCAUUGCUGUGGUUACCUUGAUGGUGUCUGCCGUAUGCCUGUGCUCCAUCUUGGUAUUUGGCAACACCCAUCUUCAUCUACCCACCUGGAGCUACUCCCUGCUGCUGCUGCUCUUCAGCCUGGGAUUUCUACUCAGCGUGCUUCUCAUUUGGGUCCAUGAGCAACAGCAGAGCACCCAGACCUUUCAGAUACCACUUGUGCCAUUCACUCCUGCGCUGAGUAUUCUCCUGAACAUCUAUCUCAUGCUGAAGCUGAGCUACAUGACAUGGCUUCGAUUCUCCAUCUGGUUGAUCCUAGGCCUCCUGGUGUAUUUUGGUUACGGCAUCUGGCACAGCAAAGAGAACCUGCGUGAGCUCACGUCCUGCAAUGUGAGCGCCCGCUACGUGGUGUUCCCUAGCAGCAGCCUGGAGGAGACGGUGCAGGCGGUUCAGCCCAACCCCCAGCCUUCGACGGGCCUGCCAGACAUGGUGACUGAGGAAGCCAAGCGAUGAUGCGUCCACGGCGUAGCAGCCUCCCUGAGUGAAAAAGGACACUCCUGCACCCCCACUUUCCUCUGCAGAGAGAGCUGCCAGGGCUGGGUCUUCCCUGAGCAAACUCUGGUGUUGGGAGACAGGAUGGUGAUACACACACAGUUCCCCAUCGGCACUCACAGCAAAAGCACCAGAGAGGUGAUGGCUGCCUCUUCUCCCAUACCCUGGCCCACGGGGAUCUGGCUUUUCUCUACCUACUUCUAGCUCUUAGUAACGUGUAAGCCACGUCUUCCCCAACUGCUCUGCCCAAAUCCCCUCCCAAACCCAGCACAACCCUCAUAGUAACAGAGGGGGUCAUAUUUCUUUUCUACAGUUCCACCAUUCUGUGCCCUGCCCAUCCUGAAAUGUUGAGGGGCAGCAGUGCCAACGUGGCUGUUCCCACCAGAGCACACCGUGGUUCAUGGUGUAUGAUGAAGGGUCUCUGGUAAACAGGCGAGAGUUAACACACAGGUGCGUGUAGGGCUGGGAGUCAGGACUUUAUCCUAGCUCUCACAGGGACUCCUGGCCUCGGCUGAGUCCCUUCUCCCAUCAGUAAAAUGUGGGUUAUGCUUAUACUGAGCAGCUGUGGGCUUAAUUAAAUGAUGUGUGUAAAACGCUUGGAAUGUGCAAAGCUCUAGAAGUGCAAAAUAUUAGGGCAUUUCUGCACUAGCUUUCCUGGGGUUCUUGGUACAGACCAUUGGGUGCUGAUCAGGCACCUGUUGGCAUUCCCUGCCCUGGCCCAGUGCAAGUACCUAGUUUGGUGGGGUCACACCCAGGGCACAUUCAUGUGGUUCUAUUAUUCUCAAAGGCACAGAAAUGAGCAUGGGGCAGCCCACACCUUCGUACUGAGUGGGGAUGGCAAAGGUGAGGCCAGGGAAGGCGCUCUGGUUGUAAAUCCAUGGCCUCACAGGGGCAAGUGCAGAGGGAGCAGAGAUUCCCCAUACCCUUUGUUAGCUGUUCCCAGGUGAAUGGUUUCUAGACAAUCAAUCACUUUACUGGGGCAGUGGAAUAGUGUAUUACCCUGGCUGUGCCCUUGCUCACUCAUCGCAAGCAGCUGGACUGCCUGCACAUCAGCCUGACUCUCAGGUCCCUCCAGCCUCCCACACACAGGUUAGUUUGCAGUGCUCAGCCCUGUACGACACACAGGCCAGCUAGUCCCUGCCUGGCAGCUACCGCACUCUGAAAGUGAGAGACAGGACCUAGGCAUGCUCUGUGUUUCUGAGAACAGCCUGGGACUUGUGUCCUGACUCAGUGCUGAAGUAGCUUGCAGUGGCCAGGGCCCCAUCUAUGAGACAGCUGCCUCUCAACCCCAUCCCACUGCUAGCACCAGGCCCUAUAAGGGGCUGCUUUGGGCUCCAGCUCCUGUGCCCCUAGCCCCUUGCAGUUUCCUUGGGGCCCUACAGGCUGCUCUCGUGGCAUACAGGGAUGGGGGCAGGCCCUCGCUUCCCAGGUGCCCUGGCAGGCUCCAGCCCCUAGGCUGUCCCUGCUCUAUUGCCAGAUUUCAUGUAAAUUGGGCUGCAGCCUCCCCUGCAAAGCCAGCUUUGGGCUCCCCUCUGCCUGGUGUCGGGGUGAGGCCUUGCCCUGCGCAUCAGGUCAUUGCUGAGGCUCCUUUUCCGAUGGUUCUCCUUUGCCCGUUGUCUCCUCUUGGCUGCUGUGCUGUGAGCUACUGAGCCCCGCUCUGACGUUAGGCCAGUGCCCAGGGCAAGCAUGAAGGUGGCUGUUGUUUACUGUACAUAUCCCUCACCUCCGCAGCUGCAUACGUGAGUGGUCAUGGCAGCUGUCCCCUGCCCCCACGGCUCUGCUGUGGCCCAGCAUGAGGUGCAGGUAGGGCUUGGGCCAGGUGUAAGCCUCACACUCACCUGCGAGUACGGCCCUAUUACUUGGUGAGCUUCCGGCAGAGCCAAUGCAAGCACCACAGAAAGUACAACAGCCAGGCCCUGCAGCAAA